AUGCAGUACCAGUACAGUCUUCUCAAUGCAAUUCCUAGAGCCGGCGCUGCUCAGGCUCCCAAGCAGCGCCCGCCUCCGCCACCGCCUGCGUCCCCCCCCGGUUUGAGGCAUUACACGCUGUCCGAAGUUGAGCUGGCGACCUUCCGCACGCAACUAUGUGAGAAUCAUCAGAAGGCACAUUGUGCUCAGCCAGACGCUUGCCCGCAUUCUCACUGCCUCACUUGGCAACGCAGGAAUCCAUAUGAGAUCAUUUACGAUCCUCAUCUUUGCCCCGGCAUCGAGUUCAGACGAUCGAACAGUAAAAUGAGCCUCAUCCGCCACUGUACGCGUGGCCGCAGCUGUACAUAUGCACACUCCAAGGAAGAGGAACUCUAUCACCCUCUCAUGUACAAGACUAAGAUCUGUAGUGUGUUUCCGAACUGCGACCGCCACUACUGCCCCUUCGCCCACUCUGUUGACGAGAUACGACAUCCGUAUUCGAAUCCCCUUAUUCAGUCAAUUUGGGGCAAUGGAGAUAAUAGCUUUUCAUCUGGCAUGCAGAGAUGGUUGUCUUCACCUGUGUCUCCUCUUUCCGCCAAGCAACUUCAAGACAUAGCAUUACACCAACACCCGGCAGCUGCAGCAGCACUGUACAGUGCCGAGCACCACUUCUAUGGGGUCCGUUCUGCAUCUUCAGCAGAUGUAACACCUCAGCAAUUGCGUGCUCAGGAUAUGCCUAACAGGAGGCAGCCGUUCACUCCAAAGCAUCAGUUGAAAAGAAAUCCUAAGAGCUACGAUAUGAGCAGUAGUCAUUCGCUCAUGGGACACCCUUCUCCACUAUCGAAAAGUGCUCGAACACAAAGGGAUCGGCGCAUCAAAGUGAAGGAAGACGCUAUUGCUGAGCAGCCACAGGGUGCUGAACUGCACGAGCUUCUGGAUAGUGACGUUCUGCGUCAAGCUCUUAUUAUGGCGCUAGCGCAACAGCUCAUCGGCCCCCAGGUGAAUCAGCUUUCGGUUGAUCAAAUAAUCAUCAUUUUGGACCUGGCGGUCAAGCUUGCUGUCAGCCUCCAACCCACUGGAAGUCAGACUGAACUUCACGAACAACCCACCACAGCGGCUGUUUCAAUGAUAGAUUCGACCCCUCCCAACGUGGCUUCUAGCGCGUAUGGCGGCCAAACUAUAUCGGACGAUCUUUUCGGAGAUGCCACCUCAUCGUCUGGCUCUGGUACAUCAUGUAGACAGGCUUUUAUCGAGGACUCCUACCCCUCGGCAACACAGGCGCUAAUUGCCCAGCUAAAGAAGCUCGCACUUUCUGAUCCUUGCGGCGAUCAUACCGGGUCGUCAUCGGCAGCGGAAGAACAAUUUGAUGAGGCUGAAGGCUCAAGGCUCAGCAGUAUGCGAGGUGGUGGAGCCAUGUGGAGCGCAUGCACAUCGCCGAUCAUUGGCGAAUCUUCUCGGUCGUCCUUACUCCAUGUAGUCAAGAAUUCUGACCAUCUCGGGCACGAGGAACCACUGUCAUCGGGUACCGCCCGGUCCUUAACAACAGCGACAGCACAGCAAGCAGCAGUGAUAAUCGAGGACGCGUUGUGUUCCGAACAAAAAGCAUGCGUGGACGACCACGAUCUCGCCGAACGUGUUCGGAUCGGCUUGAUGGGAGCACUUGCCGAGGCAGGUUGCCAGUUGCCGCCAGAGGCCCAAACCUCUUGUGGUUUGACUAACUCCCCUGGGUUGGGGUCGCUCUGCGGUGGCGUUCGCAGUUCUGGAGGCACUGGCCAGGUGGUUUCCCUCCCAGCUCCCGCGGCAAGCGUGCAGAAACGCUCUGUUGAUUUUGGAUCGAGGCCAGGAGACGAUAUAUUUUCACCCCAGACCACCACAUGCUCACCUAGUCCAUUCGCCGGUCAGGUCUGCUCUCCUCAGUCCCGCACUGCUGAGUGCACCCCCGCUCCUCCUCCAUCGUUUUCGGCUACUGCUGCCUUGGAUAGUGUAAAGCAUGUCUUACGAGGCAUGCACCAGAAGAAUCGAGUCGAUCAUCAACAAACCAAAGAGUUCCGUGUCGAUCAUCAUAAUACUGCUUCUGAAUCUGCAGCUGCCGCAGAUGUGGUCCCCACUGAUCUCUGCUGCUCCCAUGAAAUUGUUCGACGGGUCUGGCAGACACCGAAGUUGCGUAGUCCCCCUCCACUUGUGGUAAUCCAUACAAAUCAGUAA